UUUCCAUUUCUAUCCGUUCGGCCCAUCCCGGCUUUGUGAUGCUCUCUUGAUUUGUAUCAAUUUCGGACGAUGAUUCCUUAGCACCCAAGUUGUUUCCUCUAUAAGACGCUCCGCCUUCUGUUCCAGUUUCCAGUGCCACAGCACCCUGUUUCAUCUUCGGUGGGCUCGGAACAUGGGUAAUCUAUUAUGUUGCGUACAAGUUGAUCAAUCCACAGUUGCGAUCAAAGAGAGGUUUGGGAAGUUUGAGGAUGUACUUGAGCCAGGAUGCCAUUGCCUACCUUGGUUCCUUGGAAGUCAGCUGGCUGGUCAUCUCACCCUUCGGCUCCAGCAGCUGGAUGUUCGUUGUGAGACAAAGACAAAGGACAAUGUAUUUGUCAAUGUUGUGGCAUCUAUACAGUACCGCGCCCUUGCAGACAAGGCAAGUGAUGCUUUCUACAAACUCAGCAACACAAGGUCCCAAAUCCAGGCCUAUGUUUUUGAUGUAAUUAGAGCAAGUGUUCCCAAGCUCAACUUGGAUGAUGCUUUUGAGCAAAAAAAUGACAUCGCCAAAGCUGUUGAAGAUGAACUUGAGAAGGCAAUGUCUGCUUAUGGGUAUGAGAUUGUACAGACACUGAUUAUCGAUAUAGAACCAGAUGAACAUGUGAAGCGAGCUAUGAAUGAAAUCAAUGCAGCUGCAAGAAUGAGGGUGGCAGCUAAUGAGAAGGCAGAGGCUGAGAAGAUUCUACAAAUUAAGCGAGCUGAGGGUGAAGCCGAGUCAAAGUACCUGUCAGGGUUGGGUAUUGCCCGCCAACGUCAAGCAAUUGUAGAUGGUCUGAGAGAUAGUGUGCUAGGCUUCUCCGUCAAUGUACCAGGAACUACAGCAAAGGAUGUUAUGGAUAUGGUCCUUGUCACCCAGUACUUUGACACCAUGAAGGAAAUCGGCGCCGCCUCCAAAUCUUCUGCUGUAUUCAUACCCCAUGGACCAGGUGCCGUCCGUGAUGUGGCUGCUCAGAUUCGCGAUGGACUUCUUCAAGGUUCACAGCAUUGAUUACAGCAGUCCCAUAUUAAAGACCUUCACUAAAUUAAGAGUUUGUCUUUCAAGUUUGUUGGGCUUGCUUUGGUUUGAUUGCCUGCUAGUUAUCCUAUGUCCAUAACUGUCAUUGUCUAGAGUGCUUAAAAGUUGGUCAUGGAUAGAAUGGUAAAUAACUCUGGAUGAACCUGGACAGAUGAUAUAUGUUCUAUCUUCAUACUGUUUCAUUAAUCUUUAUUUGGAAAACUCUGUUUCAAGUCUGCAGGAGAAAGAGAAUUUUUACUUUA